GUCCCCCGCGCGCGCGCGUGCGGCUCUCACGCGCUCGCCCACGCCCACGCGCACGCCGCCCAUGCGCACUGCCACGCGCCCUGUCGCCGCCUCCCCGGGCCCUAGCGGCUACCCCGACUUUGUCCUCGCCAAGCAGUCUUCCAGCUUUAAGAAGUCGUCGGAGCGGCUCGAGUAUGAGCUUUCGCAGUGCAACAUGUACUCGGCGUGCCCGUCGACGCGCUCGAGCCGCUCCGGCGGCUCACUGCUCGUCGAGGUCGAGGACGACGACGCGGCCGCCGCCGAGGAGGCCGGCGCGGGGCGCGUGCGGCUGGCGUGGCGGCGCAGCGCGAGCUGCCGCAACCUGCGCGACUUCAGCUUCGACGACGCGGGCCGGUCGAAGCGCGGCCGCGACACGCGCAGCAUGCUCGCCGACCUCGAUUCGUACUACGCCACGGGCGCGCGCCGCGUCGACUCGCCCGUGACGCGCUACGACGACGCGCGCACGCUCGCGUUCGUGCUCGGCACGCGCGGCUCCGUGGAUGGCGCGCGCGACCUCGUCGGCCGCACGUACUCGGCGAGCUUCCCGGGCGCGAUAAGCGAGCCGCGCCUCGAUUUGCCGACGUUUGCGCGCGGCGGCUCGCAGGACGACCUCUCGCACGACAGCUACGAGCUGGUGGAGCGCUCGGACGACGAGUGUUCGGAGGCACGGCCGCGGCGCCGCUCGCCGCCGCGCACGCGUUCUUGCUCCCUCGACUCCGGCAACGACUUGCCCUCCGACGACGACCAGUCGCUCUCGCACCUCUCCGAGUGCGACGACCGCGACCACCUUGACGGCAUCGGACUCAAGUAUAGGAGCGACAACGACAUACCGCUCGAUCCCUUCCUGAUUGACGAUCCGCGAGUUUUGCCGCGCGAAAAGUUAUCGGUCAGAUCCGAUGGUAGUUUCUAUAAGGAGAUCAAGCGGGCUCUCGGCUCGAGGACGUCCAGUCAGGAAUCGAAGAGUGAUAUUUACGAUUCUAAGAUUUCUAAAAGUAGUGCAGAAUCCAGCAAAAAAUCCCGCGACAGCGUUUAUCAUACCGAUAGUAAGAAAUCUCGUGAAACUUUAAAAAGUAAGAGUUCAGAUAGGUCGGGGUCUAGAACGUCCAGUCAGGAUUCGAAGUCUGAUUAUUAUGAUUGUAAAAAGAAUCUCUACGAGCCCGAUGACAUUAGUAUUAGACGUCGUAGUAUUACCAGUAUUCAGAAUGCUUACAUUGAUCCUUUCGAACCUAUAUCGCCUUCCUCUAGUCCAGAUUCGACGAAAGAUUUUUACGAUACCCAAUCUACAUUUAUCGGUAUGGAGAAACCGGAGUAUAGAGAGAAGACGCUGUUCGAUAAGUCCCAUGAAGAUUUGAUCGCUAACCUUGCUAAUUCACCAAACUAUUAUCAUAUUCCUACUCCUUACUCAACAUUUCCGAGUAAUACUAAACAUAAAGAACCGAGUCCUAUGCACUCUGCGAGCUUGCAAAAUGUAGAGUUGGAGCAAUAUGGUCAUUAUUCAGAUCUCAGUCCUCCAAAGAAAUCCGAUGACUUAUCUACCGAAGAAGAAGAUUUACAUCCACAAACUACGCACAUUUGGCCCGAAAAAAUAGUAGGGCUUGACACUGAAAUCGAUAACACUAGAGCAGCAAAGAUUCACAGUUAUCAACGACGUCGCUCUUCGGAUACUGUAUUUAGUUUUGAUAAAGAAAAAAUAGAAUCGUUGACACGAUCUAUCAGCAAAGAAAACCCACCUUCACAUCUCGUUAAGGAGUCUUCUAAUGAAUCGGACGUAAAUGUUCGUAUUUUGCCAGCGAUGGAUAGCAUUGAAUAUGCGAAAAAUAAAGUGAAAGCAGCUUCAACCCAAGCAGAAUCACCUUCAAUUCUGCAGUCUGAGUUCGAUAAGAAUAUGCGUGCUAAAGGUCAUACACAUGGUAGAAAAGAAAGUUUGAAAGAAGAGUUAAUGGCGAAGACUCAUUUCGACGAAUAUAAUCCGAAGCUUAUUCUGGAGACUAGUUCGAGUAGUCGGCUUACGGAUACUGCUAUUCCGUACUCUCACCCUACUGUAGAAAGAACGAAGAGUGAUCCCAAUAGUCUCGCUAAUAGACCUCGAUUUAGUAGUGUCAAUUCUCGUAGACACGUUUUGAUGCAUCAAAAGUCUAUAGAUUUAACGCCGGCGGAAUCGAGUGAUGAAGAUUAUAUAUUUCGACAAAUCCCAAGCGCUCCUCCUAUUGCUACUAAACGGUCUCACUUUGAAUUACCAUCUAGGCAUCCGGAUCAUAUACGCCCUCCAUUCGAUUUGCCCAAAAAUUAUUUCAAAGAGUUCGAUGCUUUUAAAGCAGGAAUUAAAGAUAAUAAAAAAGUUGUCGAUGACGGAUAUGAUAUACCAUAUGUACUACAUAAAAGGCAUGUUAUGAAUGGCACUGCUCCAUCGCCAAUGGAGGACAAGAGACAACAGCCGCCAGAUAUUAUUAUGUUGCCGCCACAAAAUGGUCGACAUAUUGUAAAUGCUCAUCCUAGGUGCAAGUAUCACGAUCAUCCAAAGUCACCGCGAUCGCCGAAAUCUCCAAAAUCACCUAAAUCGCCAAAAUCUCCUAAAUCACCCAAGUCACCCAAAUCACCAAAGUCACCCAAGUCUCCUAAAUCACCAAGAAAUAGCAUUCAAGUGGAACAUUCUUCUAAAUUCUUGGAGGUAGAAAGUCGUGACUUUUUAUUCACGCAAAAUAUUGAUUUAUCGAAAGUAGAUCCAGUUACCUUAGAAGUCGAUAAGAGUUGUCAGUUACAACAUUUACCAAGUCCUAAGAGAGACAUUACAAAAAAUCUCGACCCAGUGCUACUUGAGACUCUAAAUUCUAAACUGAGUCAGAUAGAAAGCGAUUCAGCAACAAGUUCCAAAACGGACAGUAUUAGACAAGAGCCACAAUUCCCACACGAUAUUAAGUUUGCUAUAAAUGGACGGAAUGUACAACAACCACCUAUUUGCAAAGAACCCAAACCUAUGACGGCGGCUGAAAAAUUGCGUGCGGAUAUUAAAUCAAAAUCUGAAAAGUUGCCAUCGAAAAGAGGAUCCAAAGGUCGUGGUGCAGGUAAAAAAGGUACAGGUGGCAAAAUUAAAACAAAGAAUAAUAAAAUCAGAAUUACUUCUUUCUCGUCCGAUGAUGAAAGUGUUGAUUCUGAUGAUGUAUUUGGUACUACUGAAGCAGCACCCAAGUUAGAAUUUUCUCCACCGCAAUCUCGUAAAGAUCUGGAACCUAUUCUACAGCUUGAAUAUGACAAAAUUACUUCAGGAGCUUGGCAUCGUGGACAAACUAUGAGUUCUACAGAAAUUGAAGGAUCUCCACCACAGUGUCGUAAGUUGAUGGAGCUCGAAGCGAAGUAUAAUCCUCAAAUACUUGAUAAUGUUAGUGGUAAUGCUACAGAGUUGCGGCGAAUUUCUGAACGAUCAAUCUCUAUCCCAAGUUCUGAAGAUGACGUUGCAAUUAAAAUAACGGAAAUUAAACAAAUAAGUAAAGAAAAUUCACAAUGGGAGUAUAAUGAAAAUAUACCAUCACCUAUUUUAGAGAGUACUGAAUUUAUCAAGUCUGAAGACGAACAUUUAGCAGAUAUGGAAAUUCAAAAAGUAACUGGCAUGACCACUCAGUCUGAAGAACUCGGCGACUUAAAAGACGAUAUAAAAGAUGGAAGUAAACUGGAUGUAAAAAAGAGUCUACGAGAUGAAUUAAUAUCGCCUAUGUUGCGUAAACCAGGUGGCACUCCUAUACUUUUUGCUCAUGCUAGAUUGAAUCUAUCUGAGGGAUCUGUUUUCUCACUACAACGUCAAAAGGCAACACAAGACUCACCAACAGCGAGUCGUAGAGCUAAAAGUUUAGAUACGCCUGUUAUCCAACUACAUAGAUUACCUCCAAUGAAUGCGUUUUCGUCAAAAGAUGACACGGUUGAAGAUAUAAACGAAGAAGGUGAAAUAUUAGAAGAAAAAUCCCUGAUUGAUGAGAAAUCCAUGAAAGCCGUAACUGUUAAGAAAGAAACUAUAGACAAAAUUGAGGAGGUAGAAGAGGAUCAACCUGUUGAACCUUUAGAAGAGAUAAAAUCAGUCGUAAUUGAUCGUGAAGAAUUACAGUUAUUAGAAGAUUUGGUUGAACAGAGACGACCCAGAUCCUUUAAACGUAGAUAUGACUUGACUAAACUUAACUCUCAGGCUAAAUCACCAUCUCGAUCUCCGCUUAGUAGAUCACCUUUAUCUCGUUCUCCUAUUUCUAAAUCGCCAUCAAGAUCGCCUACUUCUUCAUUAAAUUCACCUAGAGGUAGUAUAAGAAAAUUAUCAGAUUUGAGUGAAGAUCAGAUAGUACCCGAUAUAGAGAGGAUAAAACGGAAAGAAAAGAAGAAGCUAACACUUAAAACAAAACCAGAGGAAAAACAAAAAAUGAGUGGGAAACUUAAUAAAGGAGGAUCUUUGGAUACUAACGCCACUAAGGUAAAAGCAUUACAGACUCAGAAGUCAUUGCCAUCUUCUUUGAAAGAACGACCGGACUUUUUGACAGUUCCACCGCUCGAUAUAGCACGUGCUAAAAGUCAAGAGUUAGAGCAGACAGCGAAAAAGAUGGCCAAGGAAAAAUCUAAAUCCCUUGAGAAAAUGGAAAUUAAACGUGGUGGGAGUAAGGAAAGAACUAAAUCCCAGGAAGAUAGUGAUACUGAGAUUGCUAAACGAAAAGAAAAACAACAAAUGCUUUUCGAAGCGGCCUUGAAACAAACAAAGACUCUUAUUAGUCCAGUCAAAGAUACUUUACCACCAUUCCCACCACCAGAAGAUAAGAUUUUAGUGAAGACUGAGGGUGAUAAAAUUAUUAUUGAAACGAAAAUCAAUAGCAAAGCUGAAGACCAUGUAUUUAUUGCAAAAUCUCCUAAGAAACUCGAUAAUAAAUUGAAUGGAAAAAUUAGCAGGAGCUUUGAAGACCAAAAGACAACAAAAAGUAACGAUAAAAUGAAUAAAAGCAUGGAUGAUAAAUCCAGUCAAUCUUUGGAAGAUAAGUUCGACGAUCUUGCGGCACUUCAAAAAUCUCCUAAAACAUUAUCCAAGAAACAAGAAAUUAAACAACAAAUCGAAGGAAAGGUGGUUUAUCAAAAAAUCCAUCCGAGUGUUAAGUCUAAAAGCUUAGAGAGAAAAGUGGAUCCGCAUUUUGAAUCAAAAAUAAAAUCAAAGAGUUUAGAUAGAAACUAUGUAACUCCGCUGUCGACAGUAACUCCAGAAAUUGUUGAAAAACAUUUUAAACAGGAAGUUGUAAAAGUAGACGUGCAUCCAAGUGUAAAAGAAGAGGCAGAAAUAGUCAAAGAGCAAGAAACAAAAGAAGUAUCACCAUCUCACAGCUAUAAAGAAAAGACGGAAGAUGAUUCAUCGAUUGAAUGGAUGACCAGUUCUCAAUAUACAGUUAUAGAAAAUGAUACGCAGACAAUUAUAAUGGAGCGUCGUAAAAUUGAUAUUUAUAACAAACAAAGACAAACUGAGCUCCAAGAAAGUAAAAGUGCUCAAGAUAUACAUGAACUAGCGACAACCGAAAGAAAACGUGAAGUAGCUCGUUUAACCAGCGAAGAAGAAUCUUUAACUGAAGUUAGCGAGUUAAAAGUAUCCGAUGAUAGUCAUGUAUUAGGAAUCUCUUUACCAUACAUUGAUGCUGAUAGUUCUUCUGAUCAAGAUCAGGCUUCGAAAAAGGGAAAGAAAAUGAGACUUGCUCGAGGUAAAAGUGAUGAUACUGGUUCUUGGGUCACUAUUGAUUAUGACGAUUAUACAGGGGACAUAGAAUUACCCCUCUCAGAUACAAGUAAUCGAACAAGCAAAGGUAAAAAAAUGUUGGAUACACAAGGUACAUUUGAUGAGUCUUCGGCAAGUUUAGUCGAAUUUUUAAGACACGAGACCAUGUCGCAGUUACAUUCAGAUACUGAAACAGAGCGAGAUAUGAGGCCAACGCGGGAUCCCACUAAAACUGUGGAUUUAAAUCUCAAAUGGAAAAAUAAAAACAAAAUUAUUGUCACUCCUCCGCAAGAAAAUAGUCCAACUAUUGAAAAUAUUCCAUUUAUAGACUCGAGCACUUCUAAGUCUACAAAUAAGUCUGAAUCCGGUGAACACACUGGAAGUUCAGGUAGUGAUAAAUCGCCGACUGAACAGAAACCUGAUCAACGAACUUUGUUAACAGCUAAAUCUAGGCGUACUGAAUUAUUGAAAUUGAGUGCAGAACGUUCUCGAAGUUCGGAGUCAACUUCGUGGACAAGUAUAGAAAAGGAUGUAAGUCCAUCUAGUGCAAACAUUAAGGGAAGUUCAAUUGACGAUGAAUCCAGUGUGAGCUGUUCCAUUGCUAGACCGCUUGGCAUAUCACAAGAUAUCGAAAAACUUAACAAAAAAGAUAGAGAGUGCUUAGAAGAGCUCAAACAAGCUAUGGAAUAUGGUGAAGAACAUUUACUAUCACAACACACUCUAUCAAGUGAACAUUCAAAAUCCAAUUCGAAAUCUCCUUCACCAGUUCCUGAAUUGACCCGAAUAGAAAGCCCUCGAAGUCCUUCAAAGUAUGCAAGAAAAUCACCAACACCUACUUUAGAGAAACAAGGUCAAGUUGAUUCUCAAAAAGCGCCUACUGAUUCAGAGUCUAGUUCUGAAAGUAUCGAUAAAACUGUUGAACAACUUUCGAGGCCGAAUGCAAAGAAGAGUGCGUUAGAUAAAAUUGGCAAGUGCGUUAUCGAAGAGUCUGAGUCGAGUCAAUCAGCAGCAUCGAAAGCUUCAGAUAUUAAGAAAGAUUUGCACAAAACUGCUAGGAAAACUAAAAUUGCUAUUACAAUAUCUCAGGAAGAUCAAAAUACAACCAUUGAUUUUGAUGAUGAUGGCAAUGUUAUUACGUCGUCCUUCGAAAGAGAAUUGAUGAAAAAGAGAUCACUUAAAGACACAGAUCAGAAAAGUUCAUCGAAAUCUAGCAUGGAUACAACAACAACUACUACACCAUCGAAAGGCUCUCUUAGUGUUGACGAUUCUUCGUCCAGAAGAAAAGGACGUCUACUUGAUGAUCAAAAGAGCUCGUCUAAAUCUAGCAUGGAUUCUAGAGGAUCACUCAGUGUGGAAUCUAGAGGGUCUUUUGAAACAACUGAGUCCACAUCUGGUUCUUUAGGCGAAGCUUAUCGUCGUGGCGAGGAGUUAAAACCUACAUGGCGACCCUUUUUCGGUGCUUCAGGCAGUGAAAAUAGCACAAGCAUAGAAGAGGCAUGGAUACCACAAGAUCACGAGGGUUAUGAAAGUCUAACGAUCAAUAAAGACGUUUUUGAAUAUAAUAAUCAGAGAAUGUUGGAUGAUUUUCAAACAUUUUCCAAAAAUCCACCACUAUCUGCUAAUACAUCGAAAGAUUCUACAGAAGCUGAUUUUACAGAUGACCUAAAUGAUUUCCCCGUUAAUUUUCUAUACCCAGCUACAUCUUCUACCCCUGCAGAUGUUGUUAUUGGAUAUGGUCAGAAUUUUGGUCGCACGUUAUCCAGAAUAUCAGAACGAAGUACUGCAUCUGAAAAAACUAGUGCAGAUGAAGAUUCUACUAAGGCGUGCUCUCGAUCUGAGAGUAUUAAUGAAGAAUCUUUAAAUUCAAGUGACCAUCAAGCUAGUCUUAGUUCCGAUCCUCCUAGUAACGCUAAUGUAGCUUAUAUAUCUGAUACAGAUAGAAGAACUUCUGCUGAAAUGCCAGAUAUACCUAUAGAUCAAACAAAAAUUAGUGAAAUGUACGAAAGUAUAAAAGAGGCUGAUAAAGUUAGUAAAAAAAAGGAUGAGGUUUGGGACUCAAAGAGAAUGAGUGGUAGUCCUGAAAAACCCUCCAAAUCUACUUUAAAGGCCCCAUCGAAACAAUCUUCCGCAAGUGAAAGUCAGGAAUCAGAAGAUUGGCCAUUACCAGAGCUACCUCCAAUUAUUGCUACUAAACCGGACCAAGCAGGAGAGAGAAGCAGCUUAUCUGAUGACCAGUGGCCGCCAGUACCUCCUAAUCUCUUAGAAACACCGAUAAUUGAAAAAAUACAUAUAUAUUAUAUGAACAAUGAACCUGAGCAAGCAACAAAAGUAACUCUUCAGUCUGAAAGUUCUAAAGAUAAUUUACAGGGGUCAGAUGAUGAUAGUGAUACAUUAAAUAAUGAUGAUGAUUUAGAGAAGGAUACUCCAGAAUCAAAAUCUGAAAAAUCAAUGGAUCGUAGUGAAGAAGCAUUAAAAAAUAUCAAGGUUAUACCUUAUGAGCAGUCUGGUUAUAUGGUAGAACCUUUGGAGAAGCAUGAUGAAUUUACUUGUCUCAACAAAGGUGUCGUACCGAAUUAUGAUAAAUCUUGUUUAAGUGGUACUAUAAGUAAGGCGACUUGUCUUAUGAGUGACGUGGGUUCAUGCUGUUCUAGGGCAGAACAUAAAUCAUUUGCUAUCAAAAGUAAUUUGGAAGAAAAGGUCAUUAUUAGCCAACCACAAAAAUCACCAACUAAUCAUAGUCCUAUAUUUGAAGAUCCUGAUGAUGUAUUUGGCGCUGACAGUAAAUCUCUGUCGCCUGAUUUCGAUAGAUUCUCGCAAAUGGGUACUCAAAAAUAUUCAUAUGGAUCUAAUAAUUCAGAUACCUCUAUAGACGAUCUUUUAUCGCAGACUGCGGCUGAUGAAACUGUUCGGGCAGCCACUAAGUUGAGUACAAGUAGUGCAGGUACAUGUAAAAGAUGCAGUCAUAGUAGUCAUUCAGAGGAGGAAACUAGUUCAUUUGGGACCGAUCUAGAUGGAACUGUGAAAAUUGGAUUGCCUCAAAAAAAGUGCACUCACAGUUCACAUUCUGAGGACACAUCUAUUUGCUUAAGCAUUUCAGAGUGGUCAACAGGAACAAAUACAGUGAGACAAUACGCUAAUCUUUCAGCUUCUGAAAGUAUUUCAGGUAUAUCUGUUCCUAAAAGUGAAAAAUCUGAGAAUAUUUCGGGCAAAGUAUAUUCAUCCUCUCAAACGAGUAAAAAAUCUGAGCAAAAACCGAAGAAAAGUUCACAAGGCGAAAUGAGCUCUAAAAGCAGUAGUUUAGAUAAAAGUUCUGAAAAUAUUAAAUACGAUAAAUUAUGUAGUUCUGAUACUACAGUAUCACGGAAAGGCAUAGAUAGUAGCUCUGGCACCAAAAGCGAUAGUACUUUAACAUUAGCUCAGUCUAUUUCCGAUUGGUCUGCUGCUAGCACGAGUCACACACUCGUAGUUACCGCUCGAGAGGAUCAGCCUGAAACAGAAAAUUCUAAAUCUGAACACACAGCGGUUACAGGACCGCCACCUGAUAUCGAAGAAAAAUUAGAUCUAGAAGUAGAUUCAACAAAGUCCCCUUCGCCAUCUAAAGAACCCUUCGAAUGUAAAGAGCAUGUGCUAAGGUUAACUACGCCUUAUGUUACUAAGAAUGACAAGUCUUCUUCAAUUAGCUGUAGUGAUAAAUCUGAUAAAUCGAGUUCGAGUUCCUUGAGUAGUUUACAAAAACAUGCAAACGGUGUAUUGAGGUUUGAACAAAGACUGAAGGGUUAUCAGUUACCUCAUGACGGAACGCACGAACGGUAUCAAAAAGCACCUCCAAAGAGCAUGAGUUAUGAGGAGCAAUCUCAUAGGUAUAUUAAACCAGCAACUCGUUGUCAAAGUGAGGACAGUGAUUUUAAACCGUAUGUUGUGGGACCGCAGCCAGAAUUAGAUAUCGAUAUGCCUUCUCAGCUAUACAGCCAAGAAGAGAAACAUAGUGAACGAUAUCAAAGUCAGGAAUUUUCCAAUAUCAUACGUGAAGAUACUGGCAACCAAUUUAUAAGAUCUGAUUAUAAGCCUUUAGCUAAACAUGCGAGCUACGAUGAUAAGACACUUUCUAAAAAUCAGAUCAAAGAGUACAAAUCUUCACAACAAUAUCGCAGUAAACCUAAAAGUUGGUCGUUUCAUGAACAUUAUCUAGUUUCAUCUGAUUUACCGUUGAUAUCUGUACCCGAAAUCCCUACUGUUCACCGGGAAUAUUCAGAAAAGAAGUCCGCGGAAAGGUCUGGUAAAACCCCACUCUCGCGUUGCUCGCCUUACUAUUCUAGUAGUUUGAGUUCUGAAUCGCCACCUAUUCAACCUUUAAAGGCACCUGUGAAAAAAUCGUUUUUAGUGAGAAAUAUAUCUCUAAAGAGUCCACCUAGUGGCAAUGACACUGAUAGUUCUUUAGAUGUUAUUAGAGAUCCAAGGGAACGAAUGCGUACAUUUAGACGUAAGAAGCAGGUUACUGGUGCUCGAAAAAAACAUGAAAAAAUACAUGAUGUAUUAGAGGAAGAUUCUACUAAAAGUCAGUGUUCAUCUGAAAGCGACAUGCACCAUGGUGCCAAGUAUUUAGCUGUAGAAGACACAUUGCGUAGAAUGGAAAGUUCGGAAUGUUCCGACAGUUACGUCCCGGAAGUUGAAUCAGGAUCAUCUGAAGUAUCCAAGGAUUCUAAGAAUUAUGAUGUUCCAGAACCGGUAAGUUACUCGGAGGACGAGGGACAAGCCGAAUAUUCUAAAUAUAAAAGUGCAAAUUACGAGGCCCAACAGUUUCCUAUUAGCAUAACUCCCGUUCAGUUUCAAGGUUUUGGAUCUUCUGCUGACGAGGAUGAGAUGGGCUUCCCUCGGUUUGAUAGGUUAGGUCGGUUGCGGCACCCUUACCUUGAUACACAAGAACCUAGUUAUGUGCCGGAAGAUAGUCCUCCCAGAGUGUCGUAUUCCAAUAAAAGUAGUCGCCAAUCCUCUUUGAAGAAGACCAAAUCAGGCUACCGUCAGUCCGAAGAGAAGUCCCUUGGGGAGCCUUCUGGACAACAUCAGCCAAGAGCAAUGUUCUACGAGGAACAGAGUGACAGAGAUGAUUCUGAUGACUAUGCAUAUCCUAUCGAUACAAUAAAAAGAGCGCCAAAAAUGUCUAAAUCGGGAAGUUACUUAUUUGAGCGCGGGGAGUCUGUAGCCUACUCGGACACUGAACUGCCACAAGACAAAGACGAGUAUGAGGAGUACAGAGGUAGUCCUUACCCGGAGCAAUAUGAAGAAGGAGAUAUGUUUCAAACGCAGGAGUGUUAUCCCCAAUAUGAACACGAGGUGGAAAGUAGGGACGCCAGCGAGGACCACUACACUAGAGAUCUCGACCAGCGUUUCAGUUUGAAUAAUGUCGAACGAUUUUAUUCUAGUCAUUAUGUUGACUCGCAAGCUUCCAGCGAUAGUCCCGAGCAAAAGUUUGACGUGUCUACUCUCCCUCCUCCCCUUUGUUCCGACGAUGAAAAUGAUUAAGUUCGCUUUGGGACAUUUAAAAGCCUUAAGAGUUUUGUUCGGUCGUUGUCACCCCUUAUUUCGUCGGAUCGACGUCAAUGCGAGCGUGCUAUUUACUAUGCGUUUCGAAGUUUAAAUUCUAAUUAACGCAAUUGUUACAUUGGUAUUUGAUAUUAGGAUACUCAUUGUAUUGAAUAUUUACAUUGUCAUUUUGAAUAAUUAGUAAAAAUGAAUUAAAAAAAUAUAUCUAGUGCCAAAUCCGGAUAGCGCGACCCUUUUGAGUAUCGUGUGUAAUGCGGACUUAUACCUACCUGUAGCUUACUAAGUAUAUUUAGGUGUAGUCAUGUGUACUGAACGAAAUAACUUGCAAUCGACAUCUUAUUCAUGAAAUUCUGAUCGAUAUAAUAAUUAUUAAAACACUCUUUACCGAUCACACGUUACCUUUUAAUUUGAUGCAGUAAAAUGGUAGUGUUUUCUACAUUACAAAAAUUGUGAUGAGUAUUACUGAUGUAAAAUCUAUAUUGUGUCGGACAAAUGCACGCACAAACAAAACCAUGUACGGAAAUAGUAAUUUUUAUUUGUUUAUUGAUUAAUGUAUAAUUAAUGUUCUAAAAGAUGUUACAUUAAGUAUUAAUAUAAUUAUUCAAUUAUUCUUUUCGAGAUAUCUAUAUGUAGUAUCAACAUAAAAAUCACUUUAAGAAAAUAAAAUAAAUAUUCCGAUUUAAAAAUUAAUCCCUCUUACAGAUGAAUCUUAGGAUCAAUUAAAUCGUAAUAAAUGUACUCGUACACGAUCAUAUUACAUAUUACAUAUUACAUAUUAGAUAUAUAUAUAAUAUAUAUCUAAUAUGGAGGAUAUGUCUAUAGUAUAAAUAUGGAAACAUUAUUUCGAUGUGUCAUUUUACUGCAUCAAGUUAAAAGUCGAUAUUUAGACGCAAUUAGGAACGUAGCGCUGACGCUUGAUAAAAUGUGAGUAAACGUGGUAAUUCAGCGCAUAUUAAUGCCAAAGAUCUCCUAGUUAAAAUUAUUUUUGUUUUAUAAAUGCCCUAUGAAGUAUUCGUUAAUGGAUGAAUAUAAUGUUAUGUAUGAAGGCUGUGAUUUACUUUGUGAGGUGAGAUCCAAGAUCUUUGUUAAUUUUUUAAUCCAAUACUCAAAUGCUCAUUUGCUGCCACAGACGAUAUUUGUGGUUUUAUUCUGAAAAAAAAAUGUGCUGCAAAUGUAAUUUGUGUCACUUUUUUGGUAUUACACAUACCUAUUUAUUCUCAUGUUUUCCAUCAGUCUCUAUUAUAUUAUAUUGAAAAUUUUAGUACUAACAUUUACUAUAAUUGAAUAAAGUAGCCGUAAUAAAAAAAAAUUAAAAUCUAUAUGUUUUGAUAGGAAAUACUUUCUAUAUGAUUGCUAAAACUCCUUAUAAGUUGUCUGCUAAUACGACGUGAAGGCUAGUGCUACAUUUAUUCAAAUUUCCGUCGCGUAAAUAACAAUUGUGAGCAGUUACUGUGGACCGUUCGCCCAGUGUGGCGCGUUAUGUAAGAAAAUGUGCAAUGCAAUGUUCCCGAUCUUUCGCUGACGAAAAAUAGGCGCGUGUACCACCGAAUAGAUGCUAGGCGCUAGAUCUCUACGACAUUGCAUCGACCUAAUGACGGAUCUGCCGUAUGUUGUGGCCAAAAGUAGCAAACCGUAUGCAAUUUGAUAUAGUCGUGUUCCGUCGCGGAUGAUCGGCGACCGAAAAUCGGCGUUGUCGCACUAGCCUAAAUGAUGUCAACUCGAUAGUGUUACGAAAUCGUCAGGGUUUUUUUCUAUUCGAAAAAUAUGUAUACUACUCUUUCAUUGCGUAAUAAUAAUUCGUGCCAAAUAUGCUCAAUUUUUUUCACACUAAGUAUUAUUAAUGCAAUGUUUUUAUUCGCUUUUUUUUUUUAAUAAAAAAAAUUUUGUCUUAUUCUAAGGUGAUUUAAUAGUCUAUGUCGCGAGAAAAUAUUAGUUAUAAAUUAUUAUCAAUCAUCGAAUUCGAUCGGCGAGGAUAAUACGAGGAGCGUAGAAUGAUUAUGUUAUUUAUCAGAAUUAUCAGUCACCAGUUGGCCGGCGUUGUGUGACGUGUUUAUCAA